GGAACUCUUUAUAGUCUAUGCGCGCGAGUCGACCGCACGCGCGUUCAUCUUGCGACGUUUGAAAAAAUUCUUCGCGGUAUUCGAAUAUUUGAAGUUUUUUGAACUGAGUAGUGACAAUGAGCUGGGAACAAGAUCGCGACCGGCCAGGUGACAAGUUGGAACUCAAUGAGGCAGUCGGAAAAUUGUUGGAAACUUUCAAUGAAUAUGACAACAUCGUGCAACAGCCGACGAGGAGCGGUGCGUGCAUGCGACGCACACACGUGAAGCGUCCAAUGAACGCGUUUAUGGUAUUCGCACAAGCGAUGCGCAGGCGCCUCUCUGAACGGCGGCCCACGUUACACAACGCAGAGCUUAGCAAGUCACUGGGUACCAUGUGGAAGGGUCUGAGCGAAACUGAAAAGUUACCUUUUAUCAGAGAAGCUGAUAAACUUCGGACGCAACAUAAGAAAGAGUACCCAGACUACAAAUAUCAACCUCGCCGUCGCAAGCCCCAGCCUACUUCAGCAGUCCGCCCUAAGCGAGAACCUUCACCAGAAAGAGAUCAGAUUGACUUCGCUGCGAUGCCGGAUAUAUCUCGUGAACUGUUGCCGGACGGCCCGCCAGAUAAUGCUGAACUAGAACAAUACCUAAUAAAACCCGUCCCCGACUACCACGAGCUUCAACCACGGUACCCCCACAGCCUUCAACACCCACCUCCACCCAUAUAUGGACCGCCCCAUCUCCAUCACCCGUACGGAGCAGAUUGGUCGCCCUAUCCGGGGCACCCUUAAGCCGCAUUCAAAAAUCUUGAGAAAGUGAUUGCACUUUAGUGUCUCAAAGACUUUUAGUAAUAGCAGUAAGCUUUAUCAAAAGAUCGAAAUAUUUUAUCGCCGCUCAUUUUUUGUAACUUAUAAAAUAGGUCACGUAGCUGUUGUAAAUAUAAUUGGGUAGCCAUGUAAGCACUAUACGAAACGGCGCGCGGCGCGCACGUGCGUUUAAUUUGUGUAAGCUGAAUAAAUAUUUAAUAGGUUUAAGUUUGCAUAAAUUAUUAUUAUAUAAUGUUAACUACUGGACCAAAUGUUAUGUUAUCAACAAAUACACUUAUCUACCUAGAAAUUAAAAAUGUACCAGAAAUAUGUCCGAUAAUUUAUGCAAAUGUGAAGUGAAGGUGAAGGUACAUUAAUUACCUCCUGUCGGAUUACAGUGUCACUUAUCUAACAACUUAUUUUUUAAUAGUAAUGUAAGAAACGUUUUAAAUAUGAAAUUAUUUCUUGUAUCUCUUGUAGCAGGUUGAACACGGAUGCCUAUAGCUGU